AUGACUAGUAGAGACGACAGACUGAGGUAUAGGAGGAUUGCACAACAUGCAUUAGUGUGGAUGGAGAAAAGUCAGGUAUUGGAAGCUCAUGUUCACUCUAGCCAUGUGGAUGCAUCUACUUCUGGGGCUCAUGCUUCUCCAUCUUCUUCUUCUCGUAGAAGACGAGUUUCACCUACUGACGCAUCACAUCCUCCAUCCUCUCAUAGGCGACAGGUUUCACUUAUUCAAGCGCCAGAGGUACCCGAGUCACCGGUGGUACCAGUGCGAUCUCAGGUACCUGAGGCACCUCAUGAUGAUGAGACUUCUAAUUCAGUGUCACCUCCGACUAAUGAGGUUGUUCAACCAGUGCCACCUCCGACUGAUGAGGUUGCUGAGGAUGAUGAGUCAGAGCCACCUCAGGACCUUGAUCCACUGAAGUUUAUUAACCAUGGGCGGAAGAUUACUAACUUGCCUCAGCCGAAUGAGGAGUCGUUUCAAGCUGCUUUGUCACUAUCUAGGAUGAAGGACUUGUUCAUCACUGGUUAUAUUACAGUCAAUCGCGAGAUGCUUAAUGCAUUCGUAGAGAGAUGGUACACCAAGACCUCGUCAUUUCAUCUCCCGCUUAGUGAGAUGUCUAUCACACUCGACGAUGUGUCGUGUUUACUGCGUCUUUUGAUCAAGGGGAAACUUCUAAAUCAUGGGAGGAUUAGGAGAGACGAGACACCAGAGAUGAUGGUAGACUAUCUGAGAGUUGACCCAAAGAAUGCCAUGAUGGAGUUUAAAAAAACCAUAGGGGCUCAUGCUAGGUUUGAAUUCCUGAAAAUGGUAUAUACAAAUGAGAUCCUUAGAGCUGAUGAGGCUAGAUGCAAUGACGAGCAAGUGGUUCUCCAUAGAGCAUAUGCUAUGAGAGCAUACCUGCUAUAUUUAGUUGGCACUGCAAUUUUUAUGGACAAUAGUGUCACUUAUAUGGAUGUCAUCUACCUACGGUACUUCGAGAAUUUUGAGCGAAUCCAUGAGUACAACUGGGAGGUCGCUUGUUUAGUCUACUUGUACUCUAAGUUAUAA